AUGGAAAAUCAAACAGUAAUAACUGAGUUUCUACUCUUGGGACUCUCUAGUGAUCCACAUCUACAGGUUCUUCUCUUUUUCAUAUUUCUAAUAAUAUAUUUAGUGACUUUACUAGGAAACACAGCAGUCAUGCUAGUGGUCAGGACUGAGCCUAGCUUACACACUCCCAUGUUCUUCUUUCUUGGUCAUUUGGCCUUUGCUGACAUCUGCUAUUCAUCUGUCACAGUUCCCAAAAUGCUGAAAAACUUCACCACAAAGCAGAAAACCAUUUCCCGGGAAGGAUGCAUUGCUCAAGUCUUUUUCUUUUUCCAUGCUGCUUGUGCUGAAGUAUUCAUCCUCUCGGCAAUGGCUUUUGAUCGAUAUGUUGCUAUAUGUGACCCACUGCAUUAUGCCACGGUUAUGAGAAAAGAAAUUUGCAGGAAACUGGUGUGUGGAGCCUGGUCAAUGGGGUCAUUAUAUGCUGUGGUAAAUGUAGUGCCUUUGGCGAAUCUGUAGUUUUGCAGAAACAAUACAAUUAGCCACUAUACCUGUGAACUUCCCGCAGUGUUGCUCUUAUCUUGCACACAGACCUUCAACAAUUAUAUAGUUCUCCUUAUGUCUGCAUUGGUAUUUGGUUUAAGUUCAUUCCUCCUCACCUUCAUCUCUUACAUUUACAUCAUUUCUACUAUCCUCAAGAUUCAUUCAGCAGAAGGGAGACAUAAAGCAUUCUCUACUUGCAGCUCCCACCUCAUUGUGGUUGGUUUAUUUUACAUUACAGCUUUUUUCCGAUAUAUAAAGCCAAGUUCAGAAUCAUUUACAUAUCUAGACAAAGUGGUAUCUAUCCAGUAUAGCAUUCUGACUCCCAUGCUGAACCCUAUCAUAUAUAGCUUGAAGAACAAAGACAUUAAAUCUGCUAUGAUAAAAAUGUUUCAAAAGUGUAGUUUUCUUAAAUAA